AUGAUAGAAAAUGAAGAGGCUGACAACUAUUCCGCCGAGAUAACCAGGUGGACCAGGAGUGAAGCAGAGGAAGAGGAGUAUCGCCUGGAGAAAAAACCUAGGCCGGAAAAUGAAGAUGUGGACCAAAAACUGCAGAAGUUAAGAGAGCAGCUUUUGGUCGAGCUGGGAAAGAAAGAUCAAAGCCAAACCUUCCUGCCCACUACUUCGCCUUUCUCGAAGUGGGUAUUCCCAACGACACUUUCAGGGCCAGCGCGAGCGUGGUUCAACAGCCUAGAGACUGGAAGCAUUGGGAGUUUUGGAGAUCUAGCCACUCGUUUCAUUAGCCGGUUCAUCGUCGGGGUGCCAGCGGAUAGGAAGACGAGUUAUCUGGAAACAGUAAAGCAAAGACGGGAGGAAUCGCUUAGAGAGAAGCCUCCGACCACACUGGCCGAGCUAAUGAAGAGGGCUGAGAAGUAUAUAAGACAGGAUGACGCUCUGGUGACAAGCCGAUUUGCCAAGGGAACGGUAGGCAAGGAGAAAGUCUCAGAGGAAAGGAGGCCGGAGAAACAUGAAAAGAAACAUGGCAAAAAAUCCGAGCCUUACAGACAGCCUUGGGAGCGAAGGGACCAAAGACCUUUUUCCCUUCGGUCCUCAGAACAAAGGCCACUUCCUUCAUGGGUUCCAGAGAAGCCGACCCCACUUAACGCCUCUAUAGCCGAAGUGCUCGUAGCCGUCCAGGACAAAGAAUUCUUGCAAUGGCCCAAGCCCCUGAAAGCGGAAGCCGACCAGCGAAAUCCGGACAAAUAUUGUCAGUUCCACUGCACUCAUGGUCAUGACACCAACAACUGUUUCCAGUUGAUUGCAGAAAUUGAGAGGUUGAUCAAGAGAGGGCACCUAAAGAACUUUGUAAAGAAAUCGGAAGGACAGAGACCUCAACCCAAUCCGACAGCUCAAACGCCGAGAAGAACAGGAGCUAACACUGUGAAUGAUGGGUCCAGUGGAACUAUCAACAUGAUCGUAGGAGGCACGGGAGGUCGGAUGAGCCGAAGGGGGAAAAAGAGAAGUAGAGAAGGAGAAACUAGCAGUGCCGAGGUCAUGCAAAUCGUUGAACACUCUUCAACAGCCAUCACUUUCUCCUCGGAGGAUGCUCAGGGUGUUCAGAUGCCUCAUGAUGACGCCCUUGUCAUUGAAGCUGUUAUUCACAAUUAUCGGGUAAAGAAAAUCUUGGUGGAUGACGGAAGCAAGGUAAACCUGUUGCCUUAUUGA